GAGUGUGUGUGUGUGCUCUCACUCUUUCCCUCUCUCUCCUCUCCCUCGGCUCACCCUCAGCCUCACGCUCGUUACAGGAAGCCUAUCGAGAGGACCAGUUCAUGUCUGAGAUCAUACGCAGAUUUGAGGUGAAGGAUAAGAAGACUUCUGCCGAGUUUGAGUUGAUCAACGGCUUGCUGUUCCUUGAGAAGGAAGGGAAUAAACGUUUGUGUGUCCCAAAUAGAGAGUCUUUGCGUAGUUUGUUUUUAGGUGAGUGUCAUGAUGCCACCGACCAUUUUGGGUAUAAGAAGACAGCAGCCAAUCCGCUGCAACGGUUCUGGUGGCCCACGAUGAUGCGAGAUGCCCAGCUGUACGUGGAGACUUGUCAGGUCUGUCAGAGAGACAAGCCACGUACUCAGGCUCCUCUUGGGCUCCUGAAGCCCCUUCCGAUUCCGGAAAGGCCUGGUGAGAGUUUGUCCAUGGACUUCAUGGAUACGCUGGUCACCAGCAAGAGUGGGAUGAGACAUAUCUUCGCCAUCGUGGAUAGGUUUAGUAAGUAUGCUAGGUUGAUAGCCAUGCCGGAGACUGCAAAGACCGAGUACGUGAUCAAACUUUUCAAGGAGAACUGGGUCAGGGAUUCUGGUCUGCCUAAGUCCAUCGUGAGUGACAGGGAUGUUCGAUUCACCAGUGAGUUGUGGAAGGCUGCUGCUGCCGAACAGGGAACACAGUUGCAGAUGACCUCUGGGAAUCACCCAGAAGCCAAUGGCCAAGCCGAGCAACUGAACCGUGCUGUACAACACCUGCUGCGGCAUUACAUCAAGCCCAAUCAGGUGGACUGGGAUGAGAAGCUUGCUCUCAUCGCCAGCCUGUAACCGGGAGCCGGGUCUCCAUUGGCAGUGGACGAUGGAGAGAGGUCAAGGACACCUUACAAUUCAUUAGAUCAGAUCAGGCAUGGAGAGCUGGAAGUUCCUGAAGAUUCACGGCUCGCAGCUGCACGAGCUGAAUGUGUCUCAUGGCAGCAGAAGGCAGACAAAUUCAGGGACGAGGCAGCUUUGCUUCGUCAGCAGCUGAACUACAAUAGUGCAUCACAUCUGGCUGAGAUUACAGCAUUGCAAGCAGCACACGAUGCACUCAAAUCUGAAGUUGAGACUCUGCGUGCUGAGAAUGUGGAGCUUGGAAAUGCACGAAGUGAUUUAACUCGACUGGACACCCGCAAUAAAGAGUUACAGCAAUAUGUGAGCUCGGUCGAAGAGAGGUACGAUGACCUCGUUGAAAUGUACAGGACUCUUGAGGAGUCACAUCAAAAGAUGCAACAGAGACUUGACGAUGAGGAAGGCAUCAAAGAAUCCAUGGAGGAGGAUAUGGCCAUUGCAAAACAGGGAAUGAAUCAUGAAGAGCAGAUCAGAGAGCUACGCCAGCAGCUGGCUAAGACCGAGAAAGAGAAGCGUGACCUCGAGAUUCUGUUGAAGGAAGCAGAAGAGGAGACUGCAAGGGUCCUUUCUGAGGCACAAGGUGGUUGCUGCAUUGAGGAGCACGGGGAUAAGAUAGAAGAGCUGCAGCAGAAAGCAAAAGAACUUGAGGAUGAAGCCACAGAGCUAACCUAUGAGAACAUGGAGCAGGCCGCACGCCUCACACGAACAAUUAACGACCUCACACAAAGGGAUAGCCUUAUUGCAGAGCUACAAGCUAGUUUAAGCAGACUUCAAGGCGAUGCAAAGGAGGUGAUUCCAUUAAAGGAUCAUCAGAAAGAGGUGGACAAGCUAAAUGCUCGUGUAGCAGAGAUGGUUGAUGAGGUAGAAAUGUGCGCUCAGUUGUUUGAAAACACAAAAGCAGAGGUGGAAGAGAGGGCUGAAAGAGUAAGAUGCUCGCUGGAAACAAAAUUACAGGAAGCUAAGGAAGCCCAGAAGCAGGCAGAAGCUAUUGCCGAAGGCCUGUUGAAUGAGGCCAACACAGAAGAGAAGUCUUCUCUUUGCACGGAGUUGUUGCCAGAGCCCAAGCAAGCGAGAGGAGGUGGUAAUGGGUGCUACCUUGUAGUUGGGGGACGGGACUGCAUUCCAGAAGUGGUUGAGCAGGAGGUCAAGGUGAAGUUGGCCAAGCUUGAUAUACGGAAAGUGAAAAUCACUCAGGAGUUGUGCUUAACAGAACGUGAAGGCAGAAUUAUGGUGGAGGAAAGAGAGGUUCUACUCUCAAACAUGAAAGGUGCAAGUGGUCAGCUGUUGAGGUCCUCAGAGGAAUUGAGGCAAUUGCACGACAAGAUCAUGCAGUUAGGGUCGGAGAUUUGCAUGAAGGAGGGGGAGGAAGACAAACUGAAGUCCUUGCUUAGAACAAAAGAGGAAGGCUAUAAGGAACUGGAGGACCCGAAGGAUGACGAUUUGGAGCGGUUAAUGGAGGGGCGCGAACAAGGAGAGGAAAAGGUUGAUGGAUGCCAGGGAGAAAUGGAAAUGAAUCCGGAAACGGUGGUCGAAUCCCCCACAGUGUCUGCCCCGGGCACAACUUCAUUGAAUACACCAAACGAAGUUGCAAACCUUACGAAAAUUGUCUGUCAAAAGGAUUCAGAAAUUGCAGAGCUGGGUGAGAGAAACAUGGAGCUCGAGCAAAAGAUUGCAGAGCUUGAGUCAUCUUGGCAUGAGAGUGUUGAAGAACUCAAAAGCAAGCUGGAGUCUGAAAGACAAAAGGCAGAAAAUGAGUCAAGAUUACAUGCAGAUAGAUUGCUGGAAAUCCAAAGACUAACAGUGGAGAAAGAACAGCUGGAGCUGCAAGUUGAUGAUGCAAGAGCAGAGGCCACAGCUUCCAUUCAUAUAUCAGAGGCUAAACUUUCCUCCGUAGGGGAGCGAUUGCACUCGGUGAGGAUGGAAAGAGAUGCCAGUCUGGCACAAAGCCAUGAUCUGGAGGAGAGUGCUCGUGAUAUGCAGUUGAAGCUAUUAUCAAUGAAGAAGGAAAGGGAAGCGAUUCUUGCAAAGGUUGCACAACUGGAGAACCAGGUUGAAAAACUUGAGAACGAUAACGAACAGAUUCAGGAGCAACUGACCGCCUGCAAGGGUGAAGUCGAAAGACAAAAAGAGAGAACUGCAUCCGUGGAGGAGGAUAGCAGAAAUUUGUUGGGGAAGGUUGUUAGUCUCACCAGUGAUCUUGCAGCUGCGAAGUGUGAUGGAGAGGAGGAGAAGCACUUGGCUGCCACAGAAAUUGUAACUCUCAACCAUAAACUGGAUUUGACAAGGAAGGAGCUUUCUGAACGAGGUGCAAGGGAAGGAGAGCUUGAGGCUCGGAACAGGGAGAUUCGCUCCACAAAUUGCCAUCUCUCUGAAAAUAUGUUGUCCCUCGAACGUGAGCUGGCAGUCUGGAAGGAGAGAGCGGAGAGGUUCAAGAGCGAGCUUUCUGUGCUGCAGAAGGUGUUAGAUGCCAAGUGUGAACGCGAAAGUCAACAGGAAAAAGACUUGAGCUUGUUGCAAAGUGAGAAGAUGGCGCUGGAAGAACGGGUGCAAGCAUCUGACAAUGCUCUGCGGAAGGCUGAAGAAGAGAGGGUAGCUGCUUUGGCCAGACUUCAAUCUGAAGUCCAGAGACUUACUGAGCAGCUCUCCUCAGGCAACUGCGGUGAAGAAUCCUUACUCUCUAAGGCCAAGAUGGAGAUUUCUGACCUGUCUAGCGCAAAACAACUGCUGGAGGCACAGAUUAGGUCAAUGGAAGAGGAGGCAAUGAAGAGGGAAGCGGACACAGAGAACCACAUUACACGUCUGGAAACAAGGUUGACAUCUCUUGAAGAAGCCUUGGAUGUGGAAAGGACCGUCCGACUGAAGGUAGAGUCUAAUGCGAAUGAGCUGGAGGCUAAAUACACAGAUGCAAUGGAGAGAGAAGCAGCCAUGGCACGAGUGCUUUGUGACCUGCAGAUGGAGAAGGAGAGCUUGAUAGACAGGGUGGGAGACCUUGAGGACAGGAACAUUGCAUUGAUGGAGGUAAAGGACAUGGUUGAGAAUGCGCGGAAAGAGCUUUUCAAGAAAUUGCAAGAAACAGAACUCAAGGCCAAAGCUGCAAAUGAGGAGAACUCGUCUCUGGCCGAAAAGCUCGAGAAAGCAGAGACAGCUUUCGAUGAAAUGCGGAGUGCCGAAAGUUCUUGGCACACAGCGAUGACGGACAAAAUUCAGCAGCUGGAGGACAUGCUUCAGAAGCGUCAGUCAGAUAAUGUGCGAUUGUUGCAGGCCGAACUGUCAGCUACCCAUGAUCUGCAUCGCAAGCUGGACGAGCAGAGUAGGGAGUUGGAAAGAGUGGAAAGGGAGAAUCAGGCACUGCUUGCGAGGGUGAAUGACCUUCCUGGAAGUGAGUUGCUUCUGCCAAUGAGUGAAGUGGUAGAGCUUCGGAGGACGGUGAAGGUGAUGGAGUGUGAGCUGCAGAGCAAGGUGGAGGCUAUCACCCUGUUGGAGGAGAAAUUAUCUCAGGGAGAACACAGUCAGAGUGUCAGUGUCGCAGACCAGUCAAGUGGUGGUGGGAGUAAGCCCCAUCACUCCCAUCAAUCAUCAGCAGAUGACAUGAAUGCAUCCAAUGAACUAUCUGCACUCAAACUGAAGAUCAAAUUGCUUGAGAGUGAGAUGAGAGUCACAGUGGCGCUUAUGGAGCUUAGCCAGCAAGACAUGAGAGAGAAAGAAAGAAAUUUCCUGCGCGAACUGCACCGCUUACAGAAACAGAAUGAGCAGCUGGCACGGGGAGAACUCGACACUGAUGGGCAGAGCCUGGCUGAAGAGGUAAGAAUGGUCACCUUUAUAGUUUGUAUUUCAGCUACUCCCGCCAACAAAGAUGCUGUAAUUGGCAACGAUGAGAAUGUUGAUGACGACAACAACGACAACAACAACAACAACAACAACAACGACGAUAAUCAUAACGGCGUUGUUGGGGCUUUACGUGGAGAUGAUGAGGACAACAACACCAAUAAUAACAUCGAUGAUGACAUCAACAACAACAACAACAACAACGACAAAGAUAACGGCGAGGAUGGUGAUCAGCGUGGCGACGAAGAACUAGGCAAAAUGGCAACGGAGGAGGAGACAGAUAACCGUAAGAGUGAAGGAGAACCAAGCUUAGAAGGCAGUGCCGCGCAAAGCGAAGGGGGGCAGAAGGACAAAGAAUCGAUAAAUCCGGAUGGUACCAAAGGGAACCGGAAGGAAAUCUCCACAGGGGAAAGCUCGGGGAAAGUCGGGGGAAGCAGGCAAGGGACCCAGGGGACCAAGGAAGGCAGAAAUAAGGAUAGGACAAGCCCCCGAAACUCGGAAGGAGCCAUGCCCAAGGAAGUAAGGAUCACGGAUACGAGGCGCAGACUAGCCGAGAUAGACAAGAGGACCGCGGAAUACAAGGCAAGAUUGAUUGAGGAAAUGAUGACUGGGAACGAGGAAGGUCCUCUGCAGGAGGAACCCCGGGACGAACAGAAAACCUGCCAAGGUGGGACUGGACAAGGGGAUAAAGGUAGUGACCGUGGGGGAACGUCGAGCAAGAGAAGGAAAGAGAGAGAGAACUCUCCGGGGAUGGAAGCAGAAAAGGCUACGACUCCGCCAGCCAUGGAUAGUAGGGCUAGCUGCCUGCCGAUCACGCCGGCAGUAGCACGAGGAUGCGAAGGACUUUGGAGCCUUAGGGAAAGAGUGUUGGGAUGGUUUGACCCGGAAGGAACUAUGAAAACCAGGGAGGGACAGAAGGCCGGCAAGGAAAGUCCGGAUAAUAGUAUGGCAGGCGAGGCCAGCAGCUCCGAGGGCGGCCUUAAGAAGAUAGUGUCGUCCCUCGCGCGAGCACUAAACAAAAAUCAAGGCUAUCUAGCGGACGCCAAGAAAAAGCUGACUUUCGAUGGAGCAAACAUCACGGAGUUUCUGAUCGACUACGAGAACCUAGCUGCGUUACUAAAGUGGACCGAGGAGGAAAAGAUGGACCACCUAGGACAACAUGUGUCGUUAAGCCUAGGACGGGACAUAAUGGCCAUUGUAGCCGCAAGCCGAUCUUGGAAGGAGACCCGGGAUGUGAUGAUGAGGAAGUACCUAGCGGCAGAGAAAAUGGCAACGGAGGCCGACCUAGCGGCAGUUCAGAGGAAGAACUUCGCAACGUACAAUGAUUUUCUAAGGGAAUUUACUCUAGUAGCACUAAGGAUCCCUGGGGUUACGAACCGGAUAAUGAGCAAAUAUUUCCUCAGGCAGUUCUCCGAGUUCGACAAAGACAAAAUCCUGUCAGCUUACCAACAGACGAGCAAGUUCGUAAACACGCGGGAUGUUGAUUUUAGCACAGUAACGGAUCUGGAUGAGAAAACGGUAGUAACAGAGACGUUGGCCUUGCUCAAGGAAGGAGAGAUCAUAGAUCUGACCGGUAGGACGGGCGACAAGGUAAAGAAGGGGAUUGAAAGUCUACAUGAACGGGUGCACGGGGUCGACAAUAAGAUUGAAAGGAUGGAAGGCGCGCUACUGGUUAUGCAGGCGCAAGUAUCCCGACCUGCCCUCCCUCCCCAGGAAGCUGUGGUUCUGCCAGGUGUAGCAAACCGGGGAUUCGGACGGAGAGAUCCUGCUAACGAGCAAUGCAAGUACUGUACCGUGAUAGGACAUUAUGUGCGCGCGUGCCCAAAGCUCAACCAUGAUAUUCUGAAAAGAAGGUGUACGAGGUCAUUAAAGGGGGAGAUAUUUGGACCACAAGGGGAACGGGUGAACUGGAACUCGCCAGGAGGGAUGCGGCGAGCCAUUAUCAUGCUCAACGGAUUAGAGAUAACGACAGUAGAAGCGGAGCCGGUGGUCGAUAUCGUUUGGGAUCAACAGCGGGGCCGUGGGCCGCAGGUCAACUUUAUUUUGGAAAGCGAUGAACGUGAUAGGGUAAACGCGACCACUCGACUAGGAAUGACUGGGAGAAGGAUAAACUGUGACACCAUUAUGGAGGAGGUCGCCGGAAGCUCCGGACUCCAGGCAGAGCCUGAGGCCGAGGAACCCGAGAAAGUCUAUGGGAAGCCUAGGGAAGAGGAGCCUGCGGACAAGACCAUGCUGCAAGUUAAACCUAGGUUGCUCAAGCUUAGACAACUGUUGACUCGGAGGCGAGUAGAAAUAGACGACAACCCCGAGUUACCGGGGGGGGAGAAGGAGGAGGAAGCUCCGCAAGAAGUGGCUAACCUUCAGAGGAGUCGCGGGGACUUGGAGGAUCUCGAAAAAGCUUUUGCAGACAUCCGCUUAAGCUUGCCCAACCGAGAGGGCGGCGAAGUCAUGAGGUCACCACCCGGGACAAAGCUUAGCUUUCAUGCACUGCCCGUAGGAAAGCUGAAAGUCCAGAUCGGGGGUCAUCAUACUGACGCAUUAGUAGACUGGGGAGCGGAAAUCACUCUCAUAAGAAGAGACUUCGCGACGAUCACGGGAUGUACGGUAAACAAGGAAGUAACAGGGAGCAUCCGGGGAGCUGGCAGGGAAAUCCCGUUCGCUGGGUACGUCACGAAGUGCGCUGUGAAGGCAGGAGUCAGGGAAUCAAUUUGGUCAUUUCAGCGGUUGACCGUAAUGGAGGAAAUGGAUCACGACAUAAUCCUCGGGAGGCCGUGGUGCGCGAACGUAGAGAUGAUAGGCAUGCACUUGUACGAUGGCUCAUACAUGAUAGACAUAGAGGAUCCCGUGACCGGCCAGGGAGAGCUCCUUCGACUCCUUGGAACGGGAAGAGAUGAUCCCCCGAAGGGAAAAUUGGCAACAUGGUCGCCGUCGUUCGAGGAUAGCACGCGAAAAGGGGCUUUCGCAUGGAUGCAGGGCAUGAGAGAAAGGGUGGAAAUCAUGAUUGAGGAAGCAUUCAACAAGAAGGAAUGGAUCAAGAUGGGCCUGCCCCAGAAGAAGAGGAGGCAGGAGGACGAAGUCCUAGGAGUUAUGGUAGCAGAAAAGGAGUCAGAAGUCGAACUUAGGUCUAAAAGAAAAAAAAGCAAGAUGGAGUUCGGUGACGAAAAUGACAGCGGGGCAAUCAACAAGCCUACCGGAGGGGAGGAAGCAGGACCAAGCCAAGGAAGGAGGGGGGCAAAGAGAAAGUUGUACAUAGGACUCGUGGGUGGGCCAGUGUUAGGCAGGGGUGGAAAGAAAUGCCUGUGUAGGAAGCCCUCACCCCUCCGCAAGGGAGAAGGCAUUGAAAUCUCGUCUGACAGUGAGGGAGAGAAGAAAAGGGUAAAUGUGGAAGAAGGAGGCAAUGCAGAAAUGAGAGAUAAGAUUCGGGUCUCUAACGAGGAAGGGGCCAACAAGGGCAAACGACGUGAGACUUGGCAUGAGGAAAGCGAGGGGGGACAAGGUAUGCGCGAUGAACGUGAGGAGGACGAGGAGAAAAGGGAGAGUCCGCUUGAAGGACGAAGUGGUCACGAUAGUUGCGAGGGGUAUGGGACGGGGAUAGAGACCCUUUUUACCUACGAUCCGAAGAACCUUGGUGGUGGGUAUAGCCCCAUACAGAUAGAGGACGAGGAGGACGAGGAGGAAGAUGUGCGAGAAGUCGUAGAAAUCAGCAGCGGGGAUGAGAGGGAUGAGAUCUCAAGGCCUAGGGAAGAGGGGCGGCCUCCAAUGCACCAGCCGGGCGACGGGGUUUUUAGAUGGGAGGACGAGUUUGGGCCGACACCUAGUCAUUGGUUUCAGCAAUGGACUAAUGCUUUGGUGGAUAGAGGGAUGCUUUCGGAAGUCGACAGGUGCGUAAUGUUCAUGUUGCACCUGCCUGAGGAGAAGAGGAGGGAGGUUCUCGGAAAGGCCCAUAGGAACUCCGCGAAUUUCGAAAGAGUCGCCGAAGUGGUCUUCACUGGAGGAGGGGUGGACGUAUGGGAGUACAUGAAGGAGAGUCUGGACAUGGCACUCCGGAAGUCGGCAGGAGGUGUGUCCAUAAGGGAGCCCCAGGUGUCGAGCAUCAAGUUCAUUGAGACCCAGCCCGAAGAGGAAGGGUCUUGCCUGAGGGUAAGGACCCAAGUUGGGGUCGGGCCGUCUAAAGGCAAGGAAAGCGCGACGGAAGGUGGAGGGAGAAGAAGCAGCGACGACGACCAACCGAUGGUCGACGCCAAAGUCACGAAAGAGAGGAAGGGGGAAGAACCCACGUCACCCAAAUCACCUAGGAAAAAGGGCGCGAAAAAGUUCGAGAUGAAAUACACCUUGGACGAGAUAGACACGGUAGCUUCCUUACGGAGAACUCUAAUGCAAUCGAUGCAAUGCACUCUUCUGGAGUAUUUAGCGGCUAGCAAAAGCGCUAGGGAAGAGCUCCUUAGCAUCACCAAGAAGGUGAGGGUUCCGCUCGCGGGGGGGCCCACAGUUUCGAGGGAUGGACCCGCCAAGGAUGAGGUGCAGUCUUCCCGAAUUACGAUGGAGGAGCUGUCGGCUAGUCUCUUCUCGGAAGAAGAAACUAAGAAAUUUUAUGUGCUAGGGAGUGGCCAGCUCCAAGCAGUGGUGAGUGGAAAGAAGAUGAGGGUCCUGGUGGACAAUGGGUCCGAAUCUACUGUGUGUAGGGAUUCUAUCGCAAAGGAAUUAGGGCUGGAAGUGGAUAGAGGGGUAUCCAUGUCCAUGGUUGUCGCAGAUAAGAAGCUCCAACCGGCGGAAGGGGUGUGUCACAGCCCCUUAAUUGAAGUCGCAAGGGUGGAAGCCACGGUUCUGAUUGUCUUGAUGAAGGAGUGUUCCUCCGAGUUGAUCCUCGGGAGAACCUGGCUGAGCGCGAUCCACGCUACCACGGUUGACCUUCCGGACGGGAGUCGGACUCUCUCGAUCCAGAGUCCGGAUGGGAUCCGAGUGGUCCUAAAGACUGUGGACGCUCAAGAUGAGCGAAAUCGGACCAGUAUUCCAAGGCGGAAGGAAGCCCAAUCAAGGGUGUGCCAAGUCCGUCUAGAAGAAUCACCAUUUGCUGAUAAGGAACCCACGGGGGACUGGAUAGAUGUCGAGGAUGUCGGGGGCCGGGUUAUAACCAAUGGGGUAGGAUACGAGAAAGAGGACGAGGAAGAGGAGUUCGGUGGAUACGUAAGGCUCGAGAAGGCGGAGCCACUUAGACGACUUCUUAGAAAAGCUGAAGGGUGGACCUGGGGAGAAGAACAGACCGCGGCCAUGAAAGCCCUUAAAGAUGAAUUCCGCGAAGGAGGACAGGUCCUAGGCGUUCCAUUCUUCGAGGACGAGGAGAACCGCCCAUUUAUAGUUGCUACGGAUGCAGGGCCGUGUUCCGUAGGUGGGCUUCUGUCGCAAAGAGAUCAAAACGGGAAAGAGAAACCACUUCGAUUCGAGAAUCGGGCCCUAAACCCCGCCGAGAGGAACUAUAGCCAGUUCAAAAAAGAAGUGUUGGGGGUGUUGCACUUCUUAAAGACCUUCCGCCACUACAUCUACGGGAGACGUUUCCUCCUGAGAGUGGAUCCGACCGUGGUAGCGGCUGUCCUUCAAAAGGAUUUCUCGCUGACCGACCCGACUAUCGCUAGAUGGAUGACCCAUAUUAGACUCUACGAUUAUAGGGUCGAGAGGAUCUCCGGGGCCAAAAAUCAGGUCGCCGACGGACUGUCCCGACUCCCGAUCCGAGAGGAGGAUUAUCCGAGGUUGGAGGAAGCAAGGGCAGCAAUGUCCAAGGAGGGAGUGAUCCAAGUGGCUGCUAACAAGGCGCAAGUGGGGGUGAGCAUCCGAGAGGAAGAUAGGAGCCCUGGGACGUUCCUCGCUAACCUUUACGACGGGAGGUACCGCGACAUAGGGCUAUACCUAGCAGGCAAGAGGGAAGGCACCGAGGUGAUUAAGAGGGAAGUGCUCGGGUAUUGCCUACGAGGAGGGCACCUCUUUAAGAGGCCUACCAAGUUCGCAAUUCCCAUGAGGGUGCUUUGCGACCCGGAAGAAAGGAAGGCAGUCAUAGAAGAGCUGUACAACGGAGUCGUCGGAGGGCAUAGGGGGGUAAAAGGGACUUUUGAUAAGCUUCGUAGACUCUAUUGGUGGGAUGGGCAGUACGGAGAAGUAGAGAAGUAUUGUUCGACCUGUGAGGUUUGCCAAAAGAGGGCGACAGUUCGCUACAAGGAACCCCUAGUUUUGUCGCUCCCCACCGUGUCGGGCGAGAAGGUCCACAUUGACCUAGUUACCAUGCCUAAAGAGGUCGGAAGGCUUCGGUACAUCAUUAACGCCCGCGACGACCUCACAGGGUUUGUGGAAGCUAAGGUCAUUAAGAAGAAGACGACCGAGGAGGACAUGUGCGACGGAUGCGAAGAUGGGGAAGGGAGAAGGGAAAGUUCGCGUGAAGAGCGGAGCGGUCAUGGCAGUUGUGAAGGGAGAUACCCGAACUUUGAGGAAGGAUACGGGAGAAGAACGGAGAUUCCUUAUAAUCUAGAUCCAAGGAAUUUCACGGGUGAGUUCAGCCCCGUGUGGACGGAAGAGGAUGUGGACGAGGAGGAAGAAGUGCAAGAGGUUAUCGAGAUUAGCAGUAGCGACGAAAUGGAUGAGAUCUCAAGGCCCAGAGAAGAGAGGCGACCCCCGAUGCACCAGCCGCGCGAAGGAGCCUUCAGAUGGGAAGAUGAGUUUGGGCCGACGCUCAGUCAUUGGUUUGAACAAUGGCUCAGUGUAAUCAAGCACAAUUGGAUUAUCAAGACCAGGGAACUCACGGAGGCAAGAGUGACGGCCACGCCUUUGGAUUUUUACUCGGGCGCCUUCUUCCGCCUGGCGAGGUCCUUGGCCUCUAGGUUGACUAGAUUCGUCAUGAGCUCUCGCCAGGUGGUAUGGUCUUUGAGUGCCAAUAGGGAGAGGUAUUCUUUGGGGGCCACUCCCAUGAUUUCAAGACACAUCGGUCAUACCCAGAUCCGGAGUAGUGAACAGUUGAUUCGACUCCAGAACAAGAAUGCUGAGCUUGCUCAGAAGGAGAAGGAGCUGGAGCUUCGGCUAAGUGCACAGGAUAUACUUAAGAAGGAAGUGGAGAGAGCACGUGAGUUUUGUUACCUUCCUGCGUUUCCCUGCCACCCAGCCCUUUGUCUGCAUUCCCGGUUUGGUAAGUGCCACGUCAGCAGUGCCCCAACGUCAGCAGUGCCACAUCAGCAGUGCCACGUCAGCAGUGCCACGACAGCAGCAGUGCCACGUCAGCAGUGUCAUGUCAGCAGUGCCACAUCAGCAGUGCCACGACAGCAGCAGUACCAACAUCAGCAGUGCCCCGCCACCAUGACGGGUUCAGUUUUGGGCAUGCCAGUCCAACUGGCCAACAAGUUCAUUGUCGAGUACCGACAGCGGUUCCAUGCUCAGCUCGCACUGAUCGAGGCUGAGGAACAGCGCCAGGCGGCAGCUGAGGCUGCCCGCCAACAGCCUGAAGCGGCGGCAGCAGCUGAAAAGCAGCGGCUUCAGGCCGAAGCUGACGCAGAUGCACAGGCCCUCCGCAAGGAGGCCCAGGAUCUGCUGAAGCGGCACGAAGCCGCCAGUGUCGACAACCUCAAGUUCUGGCAUUUCGAACCAUCCGAGAGCCACGAAGACGCGACAACGGAAGAGCAGCACAAGGAGUUUCUCGCCAAGUUCGUGACCCGGUUGCUCACGGAGUGGCAAAAGAUCGUGGCAACACCCGAUCUUGACUUGCCAUUUCCACAUCUGCACCGGGAGUUGUACAACCGGUCAUGUGCCGCCUUGAGCAUCGCACUUGGUGAUCGAGAACAGUACAUAACCUUCACCGAAAUCAUCGAGAAGGCGGGUGAGAUCAUCAAGAGCAACCGGGCUGCUGCACACGAGAAGUCAGUGUGGCAGCCACCCUAUGUGGAGAAAGGAAAAUUUGGUCCGCGUCCGCAGCCAGUCGCUGCAGUCCAACCGGACAACCUUGUGGAAGACCCGACAACCACCCCAGCAUCACGUGAGGGAGAUCGGGUGGCUGCCGUCCAGCCGCGAAGCAACAACUCCCGUGUCAAAGGGAAGGAAUCCGACACCAAGAUGAAACCAAGUUCGGCUCGGCAUCCACAAACGGACGGGCAAACGGAGCGGGCACAUCAAACCGCUCAAAUGAUGCUUCGUACGCUCAUUCGUCCGGAUCAGAAGGAUUGGGUUGACCGCCUCCCCGACAUCGAGUUCGCCUACAACAUUUCGUUGCAUCGGGCGAUCGGCGUGACUCCAUUCGAGUUGCACCACGGUGGACGGAAAGGCCGUAUCUUUGCUGAUCUUCUCGUUCCACGAACAACCGACAUCGAUGCCGCUUGCUCUCCCGCCUCCGUCUGGAAGUACAGGGAAUUGUUGGCUCAAGCCCGUGCAAACAUGCAAAAGCCUCAAGUCUGUAUGCAGCAGCAAGCCAAUCGGCGCCACGUACCAUGUCCUAUCCUCGCCGGCGACCAAGUUUGGGUCUCCGCGGAAGAGUUUGCGCUCGAACAGGAUGUUUCGCCCAAGCUACUCCCCAAGUGGUUUGGACCAUGGACCGUCCGUUCAGCCGCAGGCGACGAGUCCGACGGCCCAUCCUUUGUGAUUGACAUCCCUCCGCAUCUGCUGGUACAUCUAGUCUUUCACGCCUCGAAGCUGGCAACAUACACACCAGCAAAGGACGAUGACUUCCCGGACAAGCGAUCGCAAGACCCUUCGUCUAUGGAUGACGCCAACAAGAUGGACUGGACGAUUGUGAAGUUCAUCCGGAACCACCACUGCAUGCACAUCCUGAUGAUGUCCUUCGACGAUUCCUUGUCAUUGCUUCGGCCCACGAAAGUUCGGUUCGGGUCAGUGUACAUGAUGUUGGAGAGGCUUCACAACAGGAGGGCAGUGUUGAAGGAUAUGGUGGAUCGGAAAAAUGUAGCACGGCAGGUGGGGAUGUGUUGGUCCACUGCAAGGUUGAAGUCGAAAGCGGACCUGGUGUACUUCACCUUGAGGAGAGAUGGUUGGUGGACGGAGUUGAAGAAGGUGGUUGACGUGAUGGAACCGUUGUGCAACCUUCUGAGGAGGAUGGAUCAGGAUGGAACAGCGCCAACAAACCUCGUUGAAUAUGACGAGAUGAUUGAAAGGAAACUUGCUCACGUCGUUCUCACUGAGGAGCAGCGGGCGAGCAUCAUGGAGAAAGCCAAAGAUCGUGUGAAGAUGAUGCGGCAGCCAGUCCAUGCACGGGCAUUUAUUCUAGACCCGCACAGGAGAAAUCCGUUGUGGCUUUAUGAUCGGAACAAUGCGCUUGUGCAUAACGAGAUGCGUUACCUGCAGAGAAACGUUGCGGGUGAUUGGAAAGGGCCAGACCACCUUGAGGUUUUGGGUGACCUGCACGAGUUCCACAAGGAGCCCAUGCCGAACGGGCCCAAGAGAGAGGACACGAAGAUGUGGGAGCCCAAUGCAAAGGGUGAUUGCGAUAAGCUCGCCCCGACCGAGUGGUGGGCGACUUAUGGCGGCGAUGUCCCCGACUUGCAGGCCAUUGCCAUCAAAGUAAUGGGCAUGUGGAGUACGGCUACCCCAACUGAGAGGAAUUGGCCAUCCAUGGACUUCGUGCAUUCCAAAGGGAGGAACAACUUGAAGCCCGAAACAUUGGAGAAGUUGGUGUACAUCCGCUGGAACAUGCAACUACUACGUGCUGCAAACAACAGUGGUGGCAACAGCAAGGGCUAUGUUGAUUUGUGAAGUUCGUUCUUCGAGGCUAUUCCGGUGCCAAACGAG